CACAGCUUUCCGACGACCUCCUUGACCAACUCGGCGCAGCAUUCGGCCGCUCAAUGCCGGGUUUGUUCUUCCUGAGGUUUCCGGACCUGAUAUGUGUCCAGCGACCUAGGCCAGCAGUUAGGAGGAUAUUUGGUUUCCGAAUCGCUAAACCAGUAGAUUGGCCAGAAAGGAAACAAAGAAUGCUAACGAAUGGUGGGAUUGAAGAUCAAGAUGGGAGCAGAGAGGGAAUUCAUCAUCAUGACCAUGAAGGAGGCGAAGAAGGUGAUGGACGGAGUGAAACUACUGCUACAAGAGCAGCAGGAACUUCUUCAAGCUCAACAAAAACCUGUGGGACGACUACUUCACUGUCCACAACUAGCCAUCCACCAGGGUCAAGAACAUCUCUUGAGGAGGAUCCACGCAGAGUUGUGGUUGAUCAUCCCUCUCCUGCUACACCGUCCUCCUCUACUUCUUCUUCAACACACUCUAGAGACACCUGCGUCGGCAUAAUAGAGAAGCGGCGGGCCCUCGACAAAGGUAGGGAGGCUGCGAUCAAACCUGCCAUUGCUUCUACUAUGUUUUCGUCUAUUUUUCGCGUACAACCUACUGUAUGGGCAAGACACUACUGGAGAAUGUGCGCUGAAAUGCAACACGAACAAAAUAAAAAUAGCAAUGGUCCUCAAGUAGUGGUCGACGCCAAACAUAACGAUACAUCACAUACAGUUUUGACGCCCCAUCUGCAUCUGCCUCCACAGCAUCAGCUCAUGAAUUUUCCUACCACUACCUCCUCGUUCGCCUCUACUCCACUGAGACUGCACAUAGAAGCGAUGAACUCUCUAGCACAUCAAGAAGCGUUUGCACGCGCAGCACAACGCGUGGGAGAGGUGUACUUUCAGGGUAGCGUCGCAAAAUGGACUGGCGAUGUUGUUUUUUGCGGUGUAGGUAGUCGUGACAAGAGGAAGAGAGGACACCAGGGCAAUAGUGCCGGUAUUAAGAGAAACGAGGUCGAGGCGAUCGAAGAUAUUGCUCCUGAUCGACGACAAGGGCAAGGGCUCGACGGAAGAACACGAGAAGUAGGAUCUUCUUCUUCUUAUCUGCCUACUGCUUUGCCUUUCGUCAAAAUGGUUCAUCAUCUUCAGGACCACAUCCCAAUGAAGGACACCAACAACCGUCCAGCUGCCUCAACGCCUCGACCUCCACCUCGAACUGCGUCAGGAGCGCCUGCACCAGCACCAUACUUCUAUAGCAAUGACGAUACUUCUAUAUUAAGAACCUGCCAUCAACCAGAAGUGGGACCAUCUUACCAACUAUGCCAUCAAAGAAUAGAGGAGGUACCAGGACCAAAGAAUUGGUCCCAUCUGGAGCCUUUUUGGUUAGCCAGAGAGCGCGCCAUAGGCUAUUGGGAAGAAGCACUGCCUUCUUAUCCGCCACCAUUCAAAGCUUGUCCCGUGCGGUUGUUGUCGCCAUUGGACUUUGUACCAGGUGAGGACUACUUAGAAAUGGCAGAAGCAAAUGAAAACGAUCUUCUAGAGAGGCGGUCUCGGUCUAGGUCUAGGUCUUCUUUGGGUAGUUCUUCACUACCUGACGAUGACCUACAAAUGAGAAAUAGGAAAGAUUGCGAAAGCAGUACUGGGACAUCAAAAAGAAAGCGGCGCAUAAAUCGUAGUGGUUGCAUGGAGAUGUCAGAAGACCAAGAUGAAGCAGAACCAUGUGUUGCAAAAGAUGCGCAUAGCACCACAAGUCGUGUCUUUGAUCCGUCCAAGAAAAUUCCUUACUCCAAGCUUCCCUCGAUGCGACAAGGCCAUAAGGUUUUUCCAGUCGUCAACUGUAAAGAUCCUAGUAUUAGAACUGGACCACUACUGGAGGCGGAUGAUGCUGCUGAUAGAAGUAGAGACCACAUGAUGAAUGUCAAACCCCGUAAAAAGAGGAGAAUAAAUGCAGAACAAGUUCUUGAUGUUGAACUAGAAGUACUUCGAGAAGGUGGAGAGGAUCAUCAGCCGCGUCGAAUGCAGGAGCAACAAGGUGGCUCUUCAUCGUCGUCUUCUUCAUCAGCACAUGCGCAGCGUCAACAUGAUCAAUUGCCUCUCCAGCUCGAGCCCCGUCCUCCACCAUACUCUUCGGCUGAGAACCAGUCUUGUCUCCUGAUGACGAAUUUGGAGAAAGCCACCUACGUCUUGCGAGAAAGGGUUCGGUUCAAGCAUCAAAGCUUAAACAUUAAUCCUUGUGCAGGACCAUGGAAGGAAGGGUUCACUAUGGUGCGUAGAGCUUGGUGUUGUUUUCUACAACUAGUUUGUUUUGUUGGAAGGGCUAAGUCUCUAGAGGUAAAACUAACCGGUUGCUUUCUACAACCAGUUGCACUAUCAGUAUGAGGGAGAUUUUCUUGCUCAAGCCUUACUUGUUAGUCCGUAUCUAUAAGUAUACUAGCUUCAACAAGCUAUGAGUACUAGUUUUCUUUAGACUAAAGAAUUCUGGCUCCUAGUGCGCUAGAGUGGAGAUCUACCCAACACCGUCUGCUUUUGUAUUCAUGUUCCAUAUCAAUCCAAGAGAUUAUCAAGAAACAUAGAAGUCCGUUGUCCUUGUAUCUUAUAGAUACUUGGCCGACCAUGAUAUCAAUAGACUACUGAAACUAUGACUGUGCAAUUUCUUGCUUCCGAGCCCAAAAUGGACAUGAAUAAGUCAGGAGUCGACAACCUUGAUGGUCGUUCACGGCGUCAUAUAGACAUAAUAUUUUUACAGACGAGGAAGACAAGAUAGGCAUCUUCUAUCGGUCUUCAUUCAUCAUCAUCUAAGUACUUCUUUCCCUUUCACCAAAGUGACCACCAUUUAUAUUCUCACCUCUACCUCCUCUAAUGCACAAUCCUGGAUUUCGCCUGCCUUAGCGAAAUUGAAGCGUGAAGGCGUGAGACGGCACUUACCGGACGACUCUGAAGAAGAUGCCUACACAGUGGACAGCGAGGAUGCCUCAAGGGAGCUCAGUAAUAUCGACUACUGUAGGAGGCGAAAGAACGCUGUAUAUGUCGUGACCUCUAGUUCGGACGACGAGUGCUGUUCGGAGUUGCUAGAGGGGGAGUAUCUUCCGGAUGAGAAUUUUGUCGGCUUACCGGAUCAGGAAGAUCAGGAUGACGAUGCUGGGGAUGUUGAUAUUGGAGAAGCAGAGCAAAUAAAUGUUGGGCACCAGCAGGACCAUGUUAGUAUUGGAGGUCAUCAACAACAAGAAGAAGAAGAUAGAGGUCAAGAUGAUAGAAAAGGCGAUGAGGAUCUUCCUCACGAACAUCAUGUUGAAGAUGUUGUGGAUCAUGAUGGACAAGAAGAAGACGUCGAUGACGACGAUGAAGUUCUUGUUGUACAGGGCGGAAAUGAUCAACAGGGUGAUGAAGAUGAUCCACAGGCGGGUGAACACGACAAUAUUAUAGAGGACAAUGAUGAGAAGUACUAUAUGGAGAUCGAGGAAGAGGAACACUUCAUCCCGGAGAUGAUUGAGGACCCGUUUGUGGAGAAUGAUGUUGAUGUGGAUGUGGAGGAGGAGUGCAUG